AUGACGCUUCCACCUCAACCCUUACCUACCGAACCAUACCGAGUGGUUCCGAUCCAUAAGCACCGGGAGCUGAUGGAUCAAUGCAUUGCACUGAUUAACGCUGAAUGGCCCCGUUCGUACACGGCUCGGCUCUGGAGUUUGGAGUCGUCGAAGGAAACGCUACCGACUAGCUUUGUACUUACGACGGGUGUGAAAAGUGAAACAAUCGUACUGGCCCAUGCCAAACUGUCUCCCAUCCCGGCGGAUCGGGACGCCGUGUUUGUAGAAAGCGUCGUUGUGGCACGCGAACGUCGCGGCCAAGGCAUUGGGCGGCUCCUGAUGCAGGAGGUGGAAAAACAUUGUUUCGAUAAUUUGCAUAUGAAGAAAAUUUACCUUUCCACCAUCGACCAGCAAGCAUUUUACGCCAAGCUCGGGUACAAGCUGUGCAGUGCAAUUAACAUUUUCGGGUCACGUCCUACGCUCAACAAAAGUACCAAAAAAAUUUGGAUGUUUAAGAGUGCGGACGGUUGAUAGACGGGUUAGCGAAAUGAACGGGUAUACG